CACAUUCGACUCUGCAGUCUGCACCCAUUUCUGUUCUUAAGUAUGUCGGCAAUCAGCAGAAGAGGAAUCCACUACUUGCAGAAACUGAACGCUCCGAACGUCCCAACUGAUUUGAUACACAAGGGUCAGAACCGGGUCAUUGAUGCCUCCCUCACUCUUAUUCGUGAGAGAGCAAAGCUCAAGGGAGAGCUGGUGCGUGCUCUUGGUGGAGCUGUAGCGUCUUCUUCGCUUCUGGGGGUUCCUUUGGGACAUAACUCGUCGUUUCUUCAAGGCCCGGCUUUUGCUCCUCCGAGGAUAAGGGAGGCUAUUUGGUGUGGGAGCACGAACUCUACGACGGAAGAAGGGAAGGAGCUGAAGGAUCCGCGGGUGCUGACUGAUGUUGGGGAUGUGCCUGUGCAAGAGAUUCGAGAUUGUGGGGUGGAUGAUGAUAGAUUGAUGAAUGUCAUAAGUGAGUCUGUUAAGCUAGUGAUGGAGGAGGCUCCACUGCGGCCCCUAGUAUUAGGUGGUGAUCACUCAAUUUCGUAUCCUGUUGUAAGAGCCGUCUCCGAGAAGCUUGGGGGACCUGUGGACAUUCUUCAUCUUGAUGCCCAUCCUGAUAUUUAUCACGCCUUUGAAGGUAAUAAAUACUCGCACGCAUCUUCUUUUGCUCGAAUUAUGGAGGGUGGUUAUGCUCGGCGACUUUUGCAGGUUGGUAUUCGCUCAAUUAACCAUGAAGGGCGUGAACAAGGAAAAAAAUUUGGUGUUGAGCAAUAUGAAAUGCGAACCUUUUCAAGAGAUCGUGGCUUUUUGGAAAACCUGAAACUAGGGGAAGGUGUGAAGGGUGUGUAUAUCUCAAUAGAUGUAGAUUGCCUUGAUCCUGCCUUUGCUCCGGGAGUAUCACACAUAGAGCCAGGGGGUCUCUCCUUCCGCGAUGUUCUCAACAUACUGCACAAUCUCCAAGGAGAUGUGGUUGCUGCAGAUGUCGUCGAAUUCAAUCCACAGCGCGACACUGUUGAUGGGAUGACUGCAAUGGUAGCGGCUAAACUGGUGAGAGAAUUGUCUGCCAAGAUAUCAAAAUGAUAAAAUCCAUCCCCAACUCAGAAGAGACGAAGCUUCGAGCUCGAAUUAGUUCCAAGCCUAUUAUUUCAGUGGUAACAUCCUGUUGCUAAUCUGAUACUUAUUAAAGAGUAGACAAACAUAUUUUUUCUCUCUUUAUUUGAUGAGAUUAAGCAGUUUGUUUUAUUGUUUAACAGUAGUUAGAAACUGAUUAUUAUAGUUAAAUAAGAAAGGGUCGAAUUUAUUUCAA